AUGAAUGGUAAUAUUCGAAGUGAGCCUCAGCUCAGUGCUGCAAUCGAUUAUCUUCUCACCAGUGCUGUUUCGGGUUUCAACGAAGCCGAUUUGCUGAAAUCCGCUGGUGUUGGCGUUGUGGUCACGGCAGAAGAGAUCCAGCAACAGGUUUGUGAAGUUAUAAACAAGCACAAAUCGGAAAUCAUGAAGCAGCGUUACAGUUUCAAUUCUGGCAAAUUACUCGGUGAGGUAAAAUCGAGGUUAAAAUGGGCUGAUGGGGCAGCAAUAAAGCGUGAGCUCGAUCUUCGUAUGAUGCUUUUGCUUGGUCCAAAAACAAUUGAUGAUAUUCGUGGAGGCGCGAAACAGGCUGAGGAAAAUGGCCCAAAACGAAGUGGCCGAAAAAAUCUCGAUCAAGAAGCUGCGGUAAAAGAUAAAGAAAAAGCAUGUGAUAAAGAAACGAUAAAGAAAUUGUAUGAUAAGGAAACGAACGGUGCGAAUAGCAUCGAUGAGUUGAUGCGAAACAAAACUAAUUUUCACAAGGUGGGAGAAAAUUAUAAAACGGAUGGUUAUAUUAUUACGCCAAAUACAAUGAAACUUUUGAAGAAACAUGUGGAAGAUGUGAAAGGCAAGGUUGUGACUCGUUUCCCACCGGAACCAAACGGCAUUCUUCACAUUGGCCACGCAAAAGCGAUAAACAUAGAUUUUGGAUAUGCAAAGGCUCAUGGUGGAAUCUGCUAUCUUCGAUUUGAUGAUACCAAUCCAGAAAACGAAGACGAAAAAUUUGUGAAAAAUAUUGAAGAAAUGGUAAAAUGGUUAGGCUAUUCACCGUACAAAAUCACUCAUUCAUCGGAUUACUUCGAUCAACUCUACGAAUGGGCUGUUGUUCUGAUAAAGAAGGAUUUGGCAUAUGUCUGCCAUCAGACCGUCGAUGAAAUGCGUGGAUUUGAUGUAGCUGCCUCACCAUGGCGCAAUCGCCCAGUGGAAGAAUCUUUGCGACUUUUUGAGGUAAUUGUGAUUUUCGCGCUU